UGUCUCUGUAUGCCAGCAAGGAUAAGUAUGCAGCAAAACCUAUUAGUGAGCUGGAUCUUUCUAAUUGUGAACAAUGCACUCCCAGUUACCGUCUUCUACCGAAAAAUUACCCAAUACCGCCAGCUAGCCAGAGAACAGAACUUGGUGCAAUGGUAUUGAAUGAUCACUGGGUUUCUGUUACUUCUGGCAGUGAGGACUAUUCCUUUAAACACAUGCGCAAAAAUCAGUAUGAGGAGAGCUUGUUUAGAUGUGAAGAUGACAGGUUUGAACUUGAUAUGUUGUUAGAGUCUGUAAAUGUGGCAACUGAGCAAGUUGAAAAGCUCUUAGAUAAGAUUAAUAACGGAGACAGUCCGAUUCGCAUUGAGGAGCACUUGACAGCUCUAAAUCUUAGGUGCAUUGAACGAUUAUAUGGCGAUCAUGGGCUUGAUGUAAUGGAUGUGCUAAAGAAGAAUGCAUCUUUAGCUUUGCCAGUCAUAUUAACACGCUUGAAGCAGAAACAGGAUGAGUGGGCAAGGUGUCGUGCUGAUUUUAAUAAAGUUUGGGCUGAAAUAUAUGCAAAGAACUAUCACAAAUCACUUGAUCACCGAAGUUUCUACUUUAAGCAGCAGGAUACAAAAAGCUUGAGCACUAAAGUCUUACUGGCAGAAAUUAAAGAAAUUAGUGAGAAGAAACGAAAAGAAGAUGAUGUUCUUCUUGCAAUUGCUGCUGGAAGCAGACAACCUAUUAUUCCUCAUUUGGAAUUUGUGUAUCCUGAUCUCGAGAUUCAUGAAGAUCUGUAUCAACUGAUAAAAUAUUCCUGUGGAGAAAUGUGCACAACUGAACAGUUGGAUAAAGCUAUGAAGAUUUGGACAACAUUUUUAGAACCCAUGCUUGGAGUUCCUUCUCGACCCCAAGGUCCUGAAGAUACAGAAGAUGUUAUGAAGUCUAAGAAUAAUUCUGCCAAAAGUGGCACUGCAAUUGCCGAUGGUGAUGGUAGUCCUGUAAUGAGUCAUAAGAAUUUAAACACCAAUAGAAGUGGGGAUGAGAACUUUUCUUUAGAACAAUCAAGUUCCUGCAAACAGUGGCAAACAAGUGGCGAUAAUAAGGUUAAAGAGGAUAAGUAUCUCGAUUCAGAUCACUCUGCACAUAAGACUGAAACCUUGGGAAGUAAUACACAGCAGGGUAAAAUGCAUGUAAAUGCAUCCAUACCUGAUGACGUAUCAAGAGUGAAGAAGCAAGAUCAUUCCAUUGAACGGUUGGUGAAUGCUAAUAUCUCACUGUCCUCAAGUAUGGAGCAAAGUAAUAGAAGAACGAAUGUGGAUAAUGCAUCAGGACUUACUGCUACUCCAUCAAGACCUGGUAAUAUUUCUGGUGAUGGAGGACUUGAUUUACCUUCAUUAGAGGGUGCUGAUUCUACAAGACCAGUUACAUCCACAAAUGGGGCCAUUGUUGAGGACACUAAAGUUAACAGAUAUCGUGACGAAUCAGUUGGAUACUUCAAAAGUGAAAGAGAAGAGGGUGAGUUAUCUCCUAUCGGAGACUUUGAAGAGGAUAAUAACCUUGCAGUUUAUGGACAUGACGGUUUGGAGGCAGUUCAUAAAGGAAAAGAUAGUACAAAUACAAUUUGUCGACAGUACCAAAAUAGACGUGGAGAAGUUUGUGGUGAAGCAGGAGGAGAAAAUGAUGCUGAUGAUGAAGGAGAAGAAAGUCCCCGUAGAUCAUUGGAGGACAGUGAAAAUGUUUCUGAAAAUGGUGAUGUUUCUGGUACUGAGUCUGCUGAUGGUGAGUGUUCUCGAGAAGAACGAGAGAUGGAUGGGGUUCAUGAACAUGAUAACAAGGCUGAAAGUGAAGGUGAAGCUGAAGAAAUGGCUGAUGCCAAUGAUGUUGAAGGAGAUGGUGCCUCAUUGCCAUAUUCAGAGCGUUUUCUUGUAACUGUUAAGCCUCUGGCAAAACAUGUUCCCCCAGUGUUGCAUGAGAAAGAAGGGACUGUUCGAGUCUUUUAUGGAAAUGAUUCCUUUUAUGUGCUGUUUAGACUUCAUCAGACAUUGUAUGAGAGGAUACAAUCUGCGAAGGUUAACUCAUCAUCUGCUGAAAGGAAGUGGAGGGCUUCAAAUGAUACAUGCUCUACUGAUCAAUAUGGCAGGUUUAUGAACGCCCUUUACAAUUUACUGGAUGGUUCUUCUGAUAGUACAAAAUUCGAGGAUGAUUGUCGAGCUAUUAUUGGAACUCAGUCAUAUGUCUUAUUCACAUUAGACAAGCUGAUAUAUAAACUUGUUAAACAGCUUCAAGCUGUUUCCACUGAUGAGGUGGAUAACAAGCUUCUUCAAUUACAUGCAUAUGAAAAAUCGAGAAAACCUGGAAGAUUUGUUGAUGUAGUUUACAAUGAAAAUGCCCGUGUUCUUCUUCAAGAUGAGAACAUAUAUCGUAUUGAAUGUUCACCAGCACCUACCCAAAUGUCUAUUCAACUGAUGGACUAUGGAUACGAUAAGCCCGAAAUGACUGCUGUGUCAAUGGACCCUAAUUUUUCAGCCUAUCUGCACAAUGACUUCUUAUCUGUGGUCCCUGACAAAAAGGAAUCAGGAAUUUACCUGAAGAGGAAUAAGCGCAAGUUUGCCAGUAGUGAUGAAUUUUCAAGCCAGACCAUGGAUGGACUAGAAAUUAUCAAUGGUCUAGAGUGUAAGAUAGCUUGCAGUUCGUCCAAGGUUUCAUACGUUUUAGAUACCGAAGACUUUUUAUAUCGAACAAGAAAAAAAAGGAGAACCUUGCAGCAAAGCAGUUCAUGCGAUGAACAGGCAAAGUCCUCAAUCAUUUGUUCAAGCAGAGUACAACGGUUCUGCAAAUUAUUUUCAAUUUGAUGACGGUAUUCAUUUUGAGCCCGAGAUGUGUUUUUUGGUCAUGCAUCAAUGGCAGGCUGAGGUGCCAGAUGGAAAUGGCGUCCCAUCCAAGAAGUUGAGCAAAGAAUGUUUCUUUGAAAUUCAUGUUUCUUGCAUUCUUCACAUCUUCUAUACCAGCAAACCAAAUAAGGCAUACAGAAGGGAGAUGAGGCACGGAGAUUGUAGUAUACCUUGACAUGGUUACUGAUGAGUUACAAUCAUGUAAAUAGAGGUAAUUUGUGAUGUGAAACUAAAGGACAUUUUCUUUCCAUUCAUCCAUAGUUUUGUUAUCCUAAUAAGUUUUAUUUUUCUCUUCCUUUAGCUGGAUACAAAUUUUUUGAGGAUAUCGAUUUUAUGAAAUAUUAGGUGGCUGCAAUUGGCCUCCACAUUCUAAUACAGUGCAUGAACCAGGUUCACUUGAUACUGAUA